AUGGGCGGUUGUUUCAUGAGUGCGCUUGGGACCGACAUGUUGAUGGCAGCGGCGGUGACUCCCGAAACUUCAGUGAUUCCAAACAGCGAACAGCAACAACGUCAACGAACAGGGGGAAAAACAACAAAAACAACAGCAACAAAAAUACUCCUUCUCCUAGAGGUACCGGAGACUGCUGCGCGACAGACAGAAACGCCACUUACGGCUGAGCUAGAGAAACCGGAAACUUGGGACCAGAGGAUUCUGGGAUUGUGGGCGGUGAGUCUAUUACUGCGCAUGUUCUUAUACCGCUCUGGCAUUUUAAGUUCUGAAGUGUUUGGACGUCGCUUCUGGCGGGGAAUUGCUGCCUAUUGGGCUUUGCUGUUAAAAAUCCUGUGGCGAGGCAGUUCCGAAUUACGGGCUCACAUUGCAAGGCAAGGUGUUUUUUUCUCAGCAGAAGCGCCAGUGUUUUUUAAAGCGAGAUACUGGCAUCAGCAGCAUCAAAAAAUACCGGAAUCUAAGGUGAAUGAGUAUAAAGAAAAUCAAAACAUCACUUGUGUAUCUCUGAGACCAGUACAGACUACAGUUUUAGGAAAAACACCUAAGGUGUAUCUUGUUCCCUUUUCACUCAGUAAUUACAAACCAGGCCAAUUUAAGCCCCCUAAGUCCCUAUUGGAUAAGGAUUUUAACAAUGAAGUUGCAUGUAAGAAAUGUAAGAAGACUGAAAUAAGGAAAACUUGCAAAAGGAUUUUAACUCCAAGGAUGGAAGGCACAUCUUCCAAGGCAGAAUCCACUCUGCAAAAAUCAUCCUUAGAUGUUUAUACUGAAAGUAACAAGCGACAAUACAAUAGCACUUCGGAUACAGUGAUUGUCAGUGUUGAUAUGGAAAGCAGUCACGAUCUAGACAGUGAUGAAGAUACCACACCAGGCUUGGAUGAAUUUUCAGGAUUGUCACCGUAUGAAAGGAAGAGACUGAAGAACAUAUCAGAAAAUGCAAACUUUUUUGCUUCUCUUCAGUUGUCUGAGUCAGCUGCAAGGCUCCGUGAAAUGAUAAAAAAGAGGCAGCCUCCUGAAUCCAAAAGGAAAAAGCCAAAGAAGAAAGAAAAUGGGACUGGAUGUAGAAGGUCAAUGAGAUUAUUAAAAGUAGAUCCUUCAGGAGUGUCAUUACCAGCACCCCCAGCCCAGCCGACAGUAAUUGCAGAUGAAAAUCCUUUGUUACCUCCUGGGCCUUUAGAAAUGACUCCUGAAAAUCAAGAUGAUGACAGUGAACUAUUUAAAAGAUUUUUACAGACUUGGGCAGAAGUGAGCAAGACAAGUAUUAAGAAUACUGAGAAGGAGUUAGUUAACAUUAAAAGCUAUAAAGCCAAUUUAAGUGGCAUGGUCAUUAAUGAAGAUACUGUUCAUAAAGUCACCAGAGGUGCAAUAUUUUCUGUGGCUCUCCACCCAUCAGAAAUUAGAACUUUGGUGGCAGCUGGGGCCAAAUCUGGGCAAGUUGGACUUUGGGAUUUGACUCACCAAUCUAAAGAAGAUGGAGUUUAUGUUUUCCAGCCCCACACUCAACCAGUUAGCUGUCUUUACUUCUCACCCGCCAAUCCGGCUCACAUACUGUCACUGAGCUAUGAUGGCACAUUACGCUGUGGAGAUUUUUCAAGGGCUGUUUUUGAAGAGGUAUAUAGAGAUGAAAGAAGUAGCUUUUCCUCUUUUGACUUCUUGGGAGAAGAUGCCUCCAAUUUAAUAGUAGGACAUUGGAAUGGAAAUAUAUCACUGGUAGAUAGAAGGACACCUGGAACUUCUUAUGAGAAACUUAUCAAUUCUUCUUCAAGCAAAAUAAGAACUGUUCAUGUCCACCCAGUGCACAGACAGUAUUUUAUCACUGCAGGAUUGAGGGAUAUUCAUAUUUAUGAUACAAGGUACCUGAAUCCCAGGAAAAGCCAGCCUUUGAUUUCCUUAACUGAACACACGAAGAGCAUCGCUUCUGCCUAUUUUUCACCUCUUACUGGUAACAGAGUAGUGACCACAUGUGCUGAUUGUAAGCUGAGAAUCUUUGACAGCAGCUGUAUAUCCUCUGAGAUUCCUUUGCUCACUACCAUCAGGCACAACACUAUCACUGGGCGAUGGCUGACCAGGUUUCAGGCUGUGUGGGACCCUAAACAAGAAGACUGUGUCAUCGUUGGCAGCAUGGCUCAUCCACGACGUGUGGAAAUCUUCCAUGAGUCAGGACAGCAGGUGCAUUCUUUUUUUGGUGGAGAAAGUCUGGUCUCUGUGUGUUCCAUCAACACUAUGCACCCAACUCGGUAUAUUUUGGCUGGAGGUAAUUCCAGUGGAAAGGUACAUGUUUUUAUGAAUUAAGAAAGUUGCUGAGUGUUUGGUUUAACAACAUCAAAAUUGGUUCAAAUUAAUCAGUAUCUAAGGAGCCUAGUAAUUCAUGUGGCUUGGCCUUUUAAAAAAUAUGUUCUACUUAGUUAAUAUAAAAUUGCUUUAUUUAUAAGACCUGUGACAUACUUACAUGUUUAGUAAGGGACAGUUACAUACUUACAUGUUUAGAAAGGGAAAAGCCUUUUAAGUCAUUUCUGUAGAUUAGGAAAGGAAUUUGAGGGGAGGCUGUGAUGCCUUCAGCACUUUUAAUCAGGCAGUAUGUUGAGAAAUUCUGGCAUUAUAAAUUUCAAAGCUUUGAAUGAUCAGUAUUAAAAGUUCUUGUGGUUUCAUGAUAAGUUUUGAUUAUGUAGUGAUAUUUGGAUUUGUGGUUUAUUUUGUAGUUUGGAGUGAAUAUUUCUAGACUCACACUGGAAGGGAUCCUGAAAGGUCAUCUAACUUAGUGAUUAUGAAACUUAUUUUUUAAUCGAGAAUUCUUUUUUUCCUCCUGCCUUUAAAUUAAAUUUUAUGUGAAAUCCCAAGAUACUUGUUGAGAAGCCUUGGUUCACUUGGGCAGGGCCCUGUCUUUGUGUGCUGACCCUUUUACCUCCUCUAGAUGGCUCCUGAAGCAUGGUCAAGGAAUCGUAGGGCUGCUAGGACAGGGUUUGGAUAUGCCUGACCUUGUAAUCCAGUGUGAGAUUGCCUUCAGACCAGUGUUUUCCAGACUGGCUUGUAGCUAUUCACAUGAAAUCCAUGUAGCCAUGACCAGUCUUUAAAAAAAAGGAAAAAGAAAUAGUAAAGAAUAAUAAAUGUAAUGGAUAAGUGUUGUUUUGUGAAAUUUAGUUAUAUGUGCUUACAUAUAUGUAACUGUAUAUGAAUAUGCAUAUUCCGAUGUGAAACAUGUAUUUAUUACUGUGGUACUACUGUGGGUCAUGGUGAAAGAAGUGAAAACUCCUGCCUUAGAAAGUCCCAGAGAUCUUCAUCUGUCCUUGUCUUUAAACUCUCCAGAGGAGAUUCAUUAGCCUUAUUAAGUGAAUACCUUCAUUCCUAAUUCAUAUUGGGGGGAAAUGUUAUGAAAAAAUGCCAUAAACUUUUUUCAGAAGUUAGUGCUAUGUGAAUGCGUUUGUUGGAAGGGUAGCUGCUUAGCUCAGUGACUAACAUUUCUGUGUGAUAGCACCUAUCUGAAUUUUUUAAUUGCUCUUCAUUGCCAAACUACUACUGAAAGACUAUUGUAAAUAGUUUUUGGUAAUAUGUUUGAAUUCUAAGAGAAAAUAUCUUUUCAAAUUAUAUAUCACAGAAAUAAAAUGACAUGUAUAGUUUCCUUCUCUGUAAUUAGAGGUUAAGUCUAAUUUUGAGGCCUAGUCUAUUAAGUAGGUUGUGAGUGUUUAUAAGUAAUAAGAGUUCUCUAUUUUCUUGAUGAUAGGAAUAUAGGAAUUGGUACGUGAAAUGGAAAAUUAAUUUAUGAAAUGGAAAGUAAAGCUAAGUGAGGUUGACUUCUAUUAAACUUCCCUGGAGAUAGUAAAUGAAGCCUCUAGGCUUCCUUUCCCUUUUUUAUACCACUUCAUUUCAGUUUCCAGAGUGGCAACUUCUGUGAGAAUUGCUUUUUUUUUUUUUUUUUUUUUACGAUAUUGAAAAAUACUCGCGUCAAAAUUAGUACCAUCAUUUAAGCUUUGAAUUCUUGGUGGUAAUUGCCUGGUUUCUGCAAUAAAUGUUAGCAAAUUCUUGAUGUUUCUCACUUUCGUGGUUUUUUUUUUUUCCCAUUUCAGCUUCAUAAACUCUGCUGUUUAUAUUUAAUUCCACUUAAUAGAGUUCUGUCUUCUUGAGGCAAUGCAGGAAGGUAGGAGAGUGGGGGGACUUGUUUCUCAGUGACAAGCUGUAUAAUGGAGAAAUUGUUUAAAUCUAGAAAGCACAUAAAAGAAAAUUGUCUCCCUUAGGACAUCUUUAAACUAUAAUCUGUUGUGAAAGGUACUUCUCCCAGAGACUUGCUUAAAGCUGUGUGGCUACUGUAAUUGCUUGUAUAUUUCGAUUGCUCUCUCUUUUUGGGAUAAACUUUUUUUUUAGGUUGUGCUCUAUGAUAUCCCUUAAGCAUGUAAGUUCUCUAUUCCCCUUGAGUCAUUUUCUUUGAGAUGCCCAGCCUUUCUUUAUGUGACUUUAAGGAGGAAGGAAAUGAUUCUCAUCAUAUGUGGACAGGUAGGUGACUCUAUAGAUGAUCAGGAAUUGAUAAAAUCUGAGUUGAUUCAGUCCUAUUUUGGUAUUCAGGUCUUUGAAUUUCCUUUCCCCAGAGAUGACUUUGAAAAGGGAGUUCUCCAGGAAAGCAGGGACCUUGAGGGCUGUGAUUACAGAGAUUUAAAUCUUUUCAUUUAGUUACAGUACAUGGGAAGUGGGGAGGGCAGGCACAUGUGCCUUCUGUAUCAAACUCAAGAGGAAGGAAUAUAUGCCCUCUAACUCCAGAUUCCAAAAACCUAAGUGUGCUAUUUGUUAGGCUGUCUCUUCUCACUUUGUACUUCUUUUGGUUUUUUCUUUGUGGUAUUGUGCUGAAGGCCAGUAAGGAGUUUUAGUUCCAGGACAGCAUAGAUCCAUAUUUGGGUUCAUUUGGCUAUAGAUGUUUUUGGAUCUUCAAAUGAAAAGGUGAAAUUUGUGAGGAAGAUAACAGUCAGGAGUAAAACAUUUUAAGGUAUCUCUUCCUAAAAUGGAAGUUGUAAGAGGAAACUUUUUGAAAGUAUCUUUUGUCUGUUUGAUUCUACUCCAUCAGCAACUUGUAAGGGUAGAGGAAGAGGGUAUGGGUAUGUAGAGGAAAGGAAACCUGUUCAUGAACUAAAACCAGCAAUGUAAUCAUGUGCGGAGGGGCUUAGUUAUGGUUGAGGAACCCUAAGCAGAGGGAGUGGAUGGUGGAGCCCUAAAAGGGUAUAUACAUAGGGGAGUCUUCAUUAGGAAUCCAGAGAAGAGUAGCUGCUUUAAAGCUUUGGAUCAUGGGCAAUCACUCACAUCCAGUGGUUCUUUGGCUUUUCUCUCUGCAGAUGACUUUAAGCAAAGACUUUUG